AUGGCAGCCUCGAAUCCUGUAGACUACCUUGCCAUCCGAAACACCAUUGCUCGUUACUGUAUUGCGCUAGAUACCAAGGACUUUGGUCUGUUCGACCAUGUCUUCACGCAGGACGUUGACACAGUAUAUCCCUUCUUCGAGGUCAAAGGAAUGAAAGAUGUUGCCGCCCGCAUACAGAAGAGGCAUGCUAUACUCUCGCCAGUCACGACUCAGCAUGCACUAACCACACAGCUUAUCGAAAUAGCCGCAGAUGGCAAGACCGCCAAAGCCACGACAUACUUCACCGGCGUCCACUUCGGACAAGGGAAGUGGGAAGGCAAGGAGGUUACUGCGUGGGGAACGUACGCCGACACGCUUACUCUGACUGAAGGCCAGCCGUCUCUGCCAGGGUCGAGCGGGCAGUGGCUCAUCAGCAGGCGGGAGGUCUCAUUCACGAAGCGGUUAGGUGAGGAGGGUGUCAUGGAUGGCGAGUAG